AUGUCGGAUGAUCAACUCCCUCAGGAUUUCUCUCGCCUGCUCACCAAAGAAACAGACAUAAUGGAUUUGAAAAUGACAAAGUUCAGUUGCCUAAAAUAUUUGCUUGAGCUGAAUGAGCACUCUGAUUUACUUGCAGACUCCGUCGGAGUACAACAGCACCAAUCAGAAUACCGCUACAUGCGGAAGCCUGCCACCACGAGCUUGCUACAUUUCAAGGUCAUACAACAUAAUUCGCGGGUGUGA